UGUAGCUGCAUUUUGUUACAUCCUUGGUAGUUUUAGAGUUACUUUGCCAUGUCUUCAGUCAACCUGCACGUCACCUCUACAUGUAUUAAUCGGGAAAAUGCAGAUACACUUUAGAUAAGUUUGACUAUUCUGAAGAAAAUUUUUUUUUUUUUACCUUUUUAACUUUUUUUUUAAAGAAACACAGCUAAAACCUAAAACAUCGUUUCACCUCGUGGUUCUUGUUCAGAAAUUACUGCAAACUCAAGAGGGAUUAAAGACAGGCUUUGUUUCAUGACUAGAUUAAAAUGUCAUGUUGCUCCAGAUUUUCCAGUUUGUUUGUGCUUACCGUGCCUUGACAAAGGCGCCUGAGCCCAUUCUGCGAUCGAAGCUGAACUUCCCAUGGUCUGGGGGAAAGGCCGUGUGAGUAUCUCUUUCUGCCACUCGAGGUUCAGGGGUUUAGUCUUUAUAUGACCAGAAAUAAAAGUGCACAGCAGGAGCAAAUGACAACUUCUGUCCUUGCAAGCUGGUUGUGUUUUCGUAGGACACCUGAGACGAGGUGUUUGGAGUGGUGUACCUGAACUACAUCUCCCAGCAGCCUGUGCUUGCUGGCUGGAGGAAGCAGUCCCGGUGCUUCCUCCUGGACUUUGGCAGAGAUUUUAAGCGUGAGAAGUGCCAGGCUCUUGCUGUUCCUGUUUCACACAGCCUGCGUCUCAUCAAACACCAGCAGCCUCCUCUCCCCCAGCAGAGCUCGAUGGCGGUGCAGGUGACGGUUCUGCCUUCCCUCACGUGUCUGUUCGACGACCCCGUGCAGAUCUGCGUGACAGGUCUUCUGCCGCAGCAGGAGGUCACCCUCAGAGCCUGCCUGGUGGACGAGGGUGGGGAGCUCUUCCAAGCCCACGCUCGCUACAGGGCUGGGAGCAGCGGGGAGCUCGACCUGACCCGCUCCCCAGCCCUGGGGGGCAGCUACUCCGGAGUGGAGCCUAUGGGGCUGCUGUGGUCUCUGCGCUCCAAAACGCCCUAUAAGCGGCUGGCAAAGAGGAACGUCCUGACCCCUUUCCACGUGGACUUGGAGGUGUAUGAGGGCCACGGGGACAUGAGCCGGUUGCUGGGAAAUUGCACCCAUGAGCGAAGUUUUUUAGGAGAGGGAGUGAAGAGGAUUUCAGUCAGAGAAGGUCGGCUUAAAGCAACUCUCUUCCUCCCUCCUGGACCAGGACCAUUCCCCGGACUUAUCGAUUUGUAUGGAUCUGGAGGAGGUCUUGUUGAAUACAGAGCAAGUCUUCUUGCUAGCAGAGGCUUUGUGACUCUGGCUCUGGCUUACAUGGCCUUUGAAGAUCUACCUGCUAUGCCAGAGAUUCUCGAACUGGAUUAUUUUGAGGAGGCUGUACGCUUUUUACAGAAGCAGCAGCAGGUGAAGGAUACUGGGAUUGGCGUUUUGGGCUUGUCUAAAGGAGCUGACCUAGCCCUUUCCAUGGCCACGUUCCUACCUGGCAUCAAGGCAGCUGUCAGCAUAUCUGGAAGUGGUUUUAAUUCUUUCAUUCCCCUGCGGGGGGAUGGCUUCACUAUUCCUCCCCACCCAUAUGAUCUGGGGAGGAUGAAGACCAGUAAGGAGUCCGACCUAGUAGAUUUUUCAGAAAUCCUAGAUGAUCACAGAGACCCUGCAACGUGGCAUUGUCGCAUUCCCAUGGAGAGGUCCUUGGCCAAGUUCCUCUUCUUGUCAGGGCUCGAUGACAUGAACUGGAAAAGUGACCUGUAUUGCCAGGAUGCUGUUCAGCGCCUUCGGCACUGUGGACGGAAGGUGGAGUUUUGCUCCUAUUCUGGAGCAGGGCACCUCCUGGAGCCACCAUACCUGCCUCUGUGCCAGGCUUCCAUCCACAAAGUGCUUGGUUUGUUUGUGCAGUGGGGAGGACAAUGGAGGGAGCAUGCCAAAGCCCAAGAAGAUGCGUGGCACAGGAUACAGGCCUUUUUCCGGCAACACUUGAUGGACUCGGGUAUUCCUAGGAGCAAUCUGUAGUAGAAGUGUCGCUGUCAGUGGUCAGCUAUGGUGGCAGGGUUAGUAUUUAAUUUCUCACUGUAUUAGGGCCGGAAUCCUGGAAAACUAUUCAAAGCUUCCUAGCCUACCUCUCUCUAAACACCAUUGUUGCAUAAUUGGGUAUUUUCAUUUCUCAAAUAAUUUCCUGUUUUUGAGUUGAAUUUUAAGUGUCAUCUGUCCCCAGCUACACUGUAGACUGGCGCCAUCUGAUCUGUCUGUGCUGGAGCCAUCAGUGAGAGCCCACCAUCCUGUCAUGCAGACUGUUUGUGCCCAGCUGUCUUUGCUUUCAGUCUCCAACCCUCUCCCUUGGUAGCAGGAAAUACUCUCAAAGGAGGAGUCCUUCAUUGAAUUGUUCAGUAUUACACCUUUAAUUAUCUUAAAUAUAAACAGUGGUUUCUCAGGGCAAUACAUCAGUACAUGUAUUCACCUUUCCUCUUGGUAUGUCAUUUUCUCACAUUCCUUAGUAAAAAAUACGCUACAAUUCUGAUAUGAACUGAAUAAAGAGGCACUCUUCUGACUUAUUCUGAAGAGCAGUGACAACGUUUUUUUCUGGUACUUCAAAAGCCAGAAGAAAUUAAUCUUACCCUGGUUGCACUGGUUGUAUCUCCUGCUGACUCCAGAUACCUUACAUGUCAGAUGGAAGUUUGCACUGUGCUACUCAAUAAAUACAAUGUGUACGUGUGUAUGCACACUUUACUUGAAAUCAUCUGAAUGAAGUCUUUGAAGACUGUCUUUAUGCCUGUAAAUACACAGGCAGCAGUCCUGGUGCAGUCACAAGCUAUCCCUUCACCUGGCUGAAGAGUUUCUGUACAGGAGUCCUUACCUCUUGUCAGGAACAAGAAUGGGGGAGUUUGCAGAAGGGUUCUGCACAGUGCUCAAGAUGGGGGUGUUGCAGAUGCGUUAAGUACCUGCUUUUGAAUGUUGAAGCUUAGUUUAUCCCUGUUUUGGGGAGGAAGAACAAUACCAUGGCUGCUGCUGAGUUCCCAGGAGCCCUGUGGAGCAGACUGUCCUCCCUGUCUUGCUGCUACAGCAGAGAGCUGUGGGCUCACUGGCAGCUAGGAAAUGCCACACUGAAGAGAGGACUGACGCUGCCUCCUGGGGAAGUGUGUAUUAACCUGCCCUCUGCUGAGGUACAGACCUGUUGAGGACAGCUGGGAUGUACCUCUUGCAAUUGCAGGGUACUGGCAGACAGCAGUUUGCUGACAUUUUCCAGAGAUCAAAUGGUACCAACUGAGCAAAUUUUGCCUCCUGGAGCAGUCGAGGCUCCCGUUCUGACCACAGAAGGAGGUGGGGGU